CGCUUGCGCUUCGCGAGAGUAUUAUAUGUAUAAUAUGCUGCGCGUGGUAAAUUUACCGUGUGUGAUACGUGUGUAUAGCAUUUUGGAUCGCUGUCAGCGCGCUUUUUUUAUGGCAAUGACUCAUUGAAGGUGUUUCACAAUCUCAGAUAAUAUAAUCUUUUCUUCUUUUUUUUUUUUUGAAUGACUGUCACAGGAAAAAAAAGGUGCAACAAAUUAAAAAUUUUUUUUGCUAAUUUAUUCCUACACCUGAUGACUAAACUGUUUAAUAUUUGAGCGAUAUUACUCGCACAUACCUUUAGAAAUCAAAGUCUAAUAUUGCUGAUAAGAGAUAGUGAAUUUUUUUUUGAAAUCUGACCUAGGACAAAAAAUUUUUUAAGAUUUAUUGUUUUAUGAAGAAAAUUUGAAAAUAAUUUUUAAAAAAGGAGAAUUAGUAUGACAACUGAUGUUAUUUGUUUUAAAUUGUCAGAUAAGAGGAGAAAAAUGUGAUACCGGAAGUUGAGGAAAUAGGAGUGGUGCUAAAAGGGGGGAAGGGGGGAAAAAAAUGUUACUGAUUGUGAGUUGUGCGUGCUCGCAACAACGUUUGCACUAUGUUCGUGAGUGUGCAAUCGUUUGCAGAAGCGAAUUGUCCGCAGAGAUAGAAGGAUUUUCUAAAGCAGGAAGAAGGAAGACCAAAAAGUGAGGGGAAGAAUUGUUUUUUUUUAGUGCAACAGAAUUUACGACUUUUUAAAAGAGCUGUUGUGUCUAAAAAAAAAAAAAAAAAAAAGAAGUGUGCCUAACCGGACAUAUCGAACCAAGUUUAUUAACGCGCUUUACACAUUGAAUCACAUAUAAUGGGAGUUUGUUGAAUGUGUACUACCUGGUCUUACAGUGUGCUAUAAUGUGAGUGGCCAUAGCCACUGCUUCUCACAAAUUGGACCCGACAUCUCUUACACACUCUCACUCUCUCUCUCUUUCUCUCUCACAAUGAGUGCAUCUCGUGCAGCUGCAUUUCUCGUUCUCUCCUGCUUCAUUGGGGUUCAUGGUUCACCUUGUCCGGAAGAUAGCGUUGCCGCUGAAGAUGGAAGAUGUAAAUGUGUCUCACCAUGUCCUACUGAUAAAUGUCGACCGGGUCAACAACCUGUCCCAGUGAGAGCUGCUGAUCCAGAAACUCCUGGGAGCUGCUGUCCUCUCUACAAAUGUCUUCCCUCAGAAUCUGUAUUGUGGUUGAGUACAGAGGACAAUGAUGAUGAACAAUUAUUAAGUUGUCGAGAUUCAGAUUCAAUUUUACGUUCAGACGGUGAAUCUUGGCAGCAAGGUGAAUGCGUAAAUUGUAUUUGUGAAAAAGGAAAAAUUUCAUGUCAAGCAACAAUGUGUAAAAGUUGCGAGAAACCAACAUCACCAGCACCUGGAGAAUGUUGUCCUCGUUGUUCUACAACGCUUCAAAAUAUCGCCACCGUUAAAUGUAAAACGCUCACUGAUUGUAAAUUAAAAUGCACCAAUGGUUACAUUAAUGACACCAACAAUUGUCCAAUUUGUCAAUGUAUUAACACAAAGAUAUUGACAGACGUUGAAAAUAAAGAGAAAAAGAUUUGUCCACAAUUGCCACACUGUGGACUAAAUUGUGAGCUUAUUGAAGAUGAGGACGGUUGUCGUGUGUGUGGAUGCACAACUGAUAUUUCGACAAUGUUUGAUAGUGAAAAUCAUGAGAAGAAGGAAAAGAAGAAUGAAGAAAAAGAAGAAGAAGAGGACAAAAUCGUCUGUCCGGAGCUCAAGUGUGAUCUUCACUGUGAAAACGGUCUCCUCAUGGAUGAGAAUGAUUGCACUCUUUGCCAAUGCAAACCCUCCCAUCCAGGAUGUCCGGCCAUGAGCGAUUGCAAAAAGAAGUGCUCUUUUGGAUACAAGGUCAACAAACGGGGAUGCUCGGUUUGUCGAUGUCGAGCAUCUUGUAUCGAUCAACACAAUAAGACACAUCCGGAAGGAUCAAGGUGGGAACUAAAUUCUUGUACAACGUGUAGUUGCGAUGCAAGUGGACGACUCAGCUGCAAAGAGAAGCCCCCGAAGCCUAGCAAUUGCUGUCCCAUUUGUCCAAUCACAAUGGGAAAUGAGACGGAAAAUUCCUAUUCAGGUGUCAAAAGCUGGGGCACAGUACCAAUAACACUAAUCAUCAUAUUAGCAUUGUUAUGCAUUAUCCUUAUCAUUCAUAUAGUGAGGAAUAAAUUUCGGGUUCGAUUAUCACCAACCGCCACUUCCUAUACGCCAUAUCCAUCUCAAUACUAUAAAUGUGUGCCAAUAUAUGACACUCCUGUUCAUCAAAAUGAAAAAAUGGUUUGCCUGUGAGAAAUAUAUGUAUGUUUCUCUGCAAUAUGAUGGGAUAUAUGAAACUAUCGAAUCUAUCCUCCGAGUCACUGCCAAUAAUAAAUAAAUCAAUAUUUUUUUUUUUCACACAAAAAAUAAAAUAGCUUUCUAAAAAUUUUUAAAUCUAAAAUCUAAAAUACAUUAAAAAAUUAAUUCUUUAUAAAAGUAUUUUAAAAAAAUAUUUCUAAAUUUGCAUCAAUUUUUUUUUUUCAUGGAAUCACUAAAAACAAAAGUGUUUUCUUUAAAAAAGAAAAUUACACAAGUAUUGUGUAUAAAUUAUCUUAGGUUAAUUAUUUGAUGCUGAUAAGGUUUAUAUAUAUGUAUAGAUUGUACUAUUUCAAGUCGAUUCGAUGCAAUUCUGAAAAUACGAUAAUUGGAACAAGUACCAUGUACUUGAAAUAAACUCGAAUUCUAGCGCAGUGGUUCGGAAAUUGCAAUUCAAGCUGCAAAGUCUCUAAUUGGAAUCUACGAUUUUAUUGUAGUUUCAAAAGGCAAUAUAAGCUAUACUCUGGACUGAAACCCCCGUGGCGUGACUCGUGAGAGAGAUAUAUAGAGAAAAAUGUCACAUUUUAUAAGCACCUAUAUAAAUGUUACAGUCUGUACGUCCGAGACUCAUCCUUAUACAGCUGUUGUAUCAAAAAAAAAAUAAAAAAAAAAAAGUUAGACGAAAUCUCCAACAAGCUGUGAUGAAAAACUUGUAAAAUAUAAAUAUUGUCACAAUCUCAAAUUGAUAUUAAUGUGAAACAAAAAAAUACAAAUUACUAAUGUCUUUUAAAAAAAAAAAAAUUUUUUAGGUACAAAUUUACUGUAAAAAUGGACUAUUAGUAUUUAAGUAUUUAAUUCCUAGUUUCUUUGAUCUCUGGACCAUUGCGACAUUAUUUUAAUUUAACGAACUCUUUAAAAAAAAAAAAAUUUAAUAUUUGGUAAGAUUUAAAUGGAUUAAUGCUUAGUUUUCAGAGCGACACAAAACCUAUAAUCAAAGAUUAAUUUUUCAUUCUGUUUAAUAUUUACUGAAAUUAUAAUGAGUUCGUUAUUUACUCAUCGAACUGCGCGCGCAAUUGUUUGUUAAUGUGUGAAUGUGAUAUAAAUAUUUGUAUAGAUUUUAUGUGGUUAAAUAUUCAUUUUUUUUGCAGCUGUAAUCUCAGUCAUAUAUUUUUUUUUUUUGUAAAAUUUUAUUUUUUAUUAAGGUGUCCUUCGAUCCUCUCAAAAUAACAACAGAAAAUAGAAUUUAUUUAAAAAAUAAAGCAAUACUCUAGUCAUAUAUGUAAUGCUUGAAAAUCCAUUCUGGUUUAAUUCAAAAAUGAAAUGUUUUUUCAUUAUAAAAAAAAAAAAAUCAAUAAGUUUUAAUUUCCAGAGACUUAUUAUUAAUUUAUUUAUAUCUAAUUUUCAUGAGUACACAAUGUUAAUGUUAGGUUAAAAUUAAAACUGUGUUAUUAGACUACUUUCUCUUUCUCUCUUUUAUCUUUCCUAUAAUUUUAAUUUUAUUAUCAGUUACAAGAACUAAAAUUUUUUUCUUUUUCUCUACAUUUGAGUCAAAAUAGCUUCCUAGAAAAAUGCUUGAAAAAAAUUAGAAAAGAAACUUCCUAUAUAUUAAUAUAAUUGUAAGAUAUUUUUAAUUUAAAUUCUUAAAUAUAGGAAUUUAUUAAAAUUUCGAAAAAAGAGAAGAAAAAUUUGGCAAAGAGAAAUUUUUUCUUUAUCCAAAAAAAAAGCUUUGUAUUAAUUAUCCGCAACUGUAGUAUUUUUAGAUAAUAGACGCAUUUUUGAGUUUUGAAAAAAAAAUAAUAAACUCAAAAUAAAUUAUGUAAAGCGAAUCGUUUUUUUUUUAAGUCUAAUGUUGAGAAAAUGUUCUCAAAUAAAUAAGGUAUAUCUAAUAAAAGUAUUUCCUAUAUCCAGAAAUCUUAAUCUUUCAUCGAUUUUUUGGAUUGUAAAAUAUAAAAAAAAACACUGUAUGUAAAAUAAUAUUGCUUCCUGAAACUUAUCAAAAAAAAAAAAAUUGUCUUAUUUUUUCUGAGUUUAAAAAAAAAAUUGACAAAUGUACUUCUUUUACAUGCUCUUUUUAAUAUAGCUAAAUUAUAGAAUUUCAAUUUUCUAUUAGAAUUUAUUAAACGUGAUAAAAUGUAUUGUACGUAUUAUACUUAAAAAAAAACUUACACAUAUCCAUGUACCUAUACACGCAAUGCUAUAUAUAAAUAGAUGAUUGUCUUCUUAAACUGAUAUAUAUUUUUUCAAUGUUACACUGACAUACAUCGACAAGCGACACAAAAAAAAAAAAAAUAGUAGAAAGUUUAGAAUUAUUUAUAAUGAUCAAUAUAAUUAUAAUAAACGCGUAUACAUAUAUACAUAUAAUUAUAAUAUAUAAUAAUUGUCGAAAAAAAAAAAAAAAUGUAUAGGUAAAAUUUCGUAUAUAUGUGUAUGUACCUUGGAGACAAUAUUUAUUACAAUUUGAACUAUAUUAUAUAAUUAAUAAGAAUAAGAGUAAGCGUAUCAAAAAAAAUUUAUGGAAAACUAUGUAAUAUUUAAACAAAAAAUUCAUUAAUUCAAUAUCUGUUAAUUUGGAAAGUUAAUAUAAACAUUAAAAAACAAAAACUUUAUUUUAUACGAAUAACAUAUCCCAGUUAGGAAAAAAAAAAUUUGUAAAGAUCAUCAUUUUCGAAAAUAAAUUAUUAAUUUAAACAACGACCAAUAGAAACAAGAAAACUAUAUUAAAGAUAAAUAAUAUUGCAUAGAGAACAAAAAAAAAAAAAUCAUUUUAGAGAGUUCCAUUUUGACGAAAAAAAAAAAUCUUUCCUUGUAAUCCAUCAAAAAUUAUAGGGAUGGUAAAAUCAAAAUCGAAUAUCAAUUUUGAAAAUUAAAAAUUCGACUUUUAAUCGAUUAUAAUCGAGAUUUAAACUAAAAAUCGAUUUCGAUUCCAAUCUCUAUAAAUAUUAUCGCAAAUAUAAACGCGCAUAGACGUAACAACGUUAGCUCUUUGUAUAUGUUAAAUAAAAUUUAAUAAAAAGCUAAAUAAAAUUGUUGAUACGAUAAGAAUA